AUGGACGCCGUCGUCAGAUUCCGUGGCCUCUGCAAUAAGUGCGAGGAAAGACGUUUGAUCCCAAAUGCUAUAGUGGAAGAGGUGAAGAAGAUAGUCCAGGGUCAUAUGGUAGGAUUCGUGGACGUGGUGCAGGCUAGCUCUUUGACUGAAGGAUCCGUGAGAUGGGCCAAAAACAAACUCGUUGUCGAUUUUAAAUACAAGAAGAUGGGUCAGACCAAUACCAAAGAAGGAGAAGGCAAUGAUUAUUGGGGCGUGUUUCCAGUGGUAGUCUCUCCUUCAGCCUCAGAUCCCUCGAGGACAGGUGCACUUAAGUGGGAGGAGGUGUACGUGGAAAUCGCGUCAAGCCCGACUUUGAUCCAUGCUCGAUUAGAUAUUCAGACACACAUGUACGGAUUUGAGCAGAAAUGGAACGAGCCCAUCCAAGGAUCGCGGAGUGGUCGAGGCAGUAUUGUUAACCAAUCCAGUGAGACAAACCUCAGUUCAGUUUUUCCGCCAUUUCCUGAAUUGCUGCCGCAGGGUGCGAGGGUACUUGAGGAUCAUUAUCGGUAUGAUGAUCCGGACCUGUUUGAGACACUACCUUAUGCUACUCCUGAGUAG